GAGUAAUGUUUCAACUCCAGCCUCAUAUCCGGAAUUCCAUGUGGGACGAAACCUCUGGAAGUAUUGUCCACCGAUCAUGAUCGUGUUAGGUACUGUCGGGAAUAUCUUCAGCAUUGUGAUACUUCUUCGUAAAAAUCUCCGUCGGCACACAACAGUCAUCUACCUUGUAACUUUGUCGUUGAAUGAUCUUGUGGUUCUUUAUACCGGUCUGUUGCGGAACUGGAUCAAAAUAACGUUUGGUAUUGAUGUUCGCCUAUUUAGUGAGUUUUCCUGUAAAUUUCAUCUUUGGAUGGUGUAUCUCUCAGUGGACAUAUCUGCCUGGCUUCUGGUUACUGUCACUUUAGAACGCGUCGCACUGGUGUGGUUUCCACAUGCAAGUAAACAUCGUUGCAACAAACAUGUGGCGGGAAUAAUUCUUGGAUCUCUUAUUGGGAUUUUAAUGUUGGUUAACGCUCAUAUUUUGUACGGUAUUGGAGACGUUACAAAGAAAGAGGACAACCGAACUGUUUUACGGCAAUGUUAUUACGAAACCAAUGUUUAUGAGAAGUUUUACGAAAAUGUUUGGCCUUGGAUUGAUUUGGCAAAGUUUAAUGCUAUUCCAUUUGCUAUCAUUUUGAUUGGCAAUGUCUGUAUCAUUACAAACGUCAUCAAAACUCAUAAAAAGUUGAAUGUAAGAGUUGCACCAGGAGGAAUUCAACAAAAAUCUAAAAGGAUCCAUUCCAUGACAACCACUCUUAUUGUUUUAAACACAACGUUUUUGAUUUCAACGACUCCCAUCAGCAUUUACUUGGCGAAUUACAACAAGUGGUCAGAAAAUGCUACGAAUGAGGAAAUGGCGCGUCUUGUCUUGUUAUGGGCUGUGACAAAUCUUUUAAUGUAUUCUAAUAACACAAUAAACUUUUUAUUAUAUUGUGUUAGUGGAAGUAACUUCAGAAAUGAAAUCCGAUAUCUUUUUGGACGUAAAAUGAAAGUUGGCGGUGGUUCCCAUCUGACAACUCGUUUACAGGUACAGCCAACAGCUUCACGAACCAUUUCCAUACUAGGAUGAUGAUAUCAUAGACUUUGAAUUUAUACAUACUAUUUAUCCAGAAAUAAAUACAUUGAUAUUAAACUAA